ACCGUUUGGUCACACGCCCUCACCGCCUUCCUUCUCGCCUCCAAUCCGGCUUCAGCCUCCUCCUCUGCCACUGACGACGACGAGGACCUCACCUUCCUCGAAGACGACUCCUCCUCCUCCUCAUCCCCCGCCCAGCACUACCCCGAUUCCGAUCAAAAUGAAAAACUGCAGGAAAAAAAAAAAACGCAACAAGCAUGACGAUUAGCCUUUUCGAAUCUCGGCAAAUCGGCGAACAGAUUUUUCCCCCCCCCAGAAACAGACAAACAACCAGGUCGAACGAAGGCGAAUCCCACGGGAGAGCAGAAGUGGACCUACGAAGGCUCCGUGACCGAAUCGCUUCCAAACGGCUUGCAGUUGCAGGCAUGUGGAAAAGACUGGAAAUGCAGCUCCUGUUCAUCUGUUACUUCUCUCCACAAGCUUCAGUUGACUAUGGUAUGGCGAAAGGACUUGAAAUGCAGCUCGUGUUCAUA